AUGAAGAUCUUGCACUUCUACAUAGAGAAGCGCAUUGAGUGGAGGGCAGCAGGCGCAAACGGGGUUGCAUUGCUGCUGUGCGAGCGCAUACUUGACCGAGGCCCGCGUCCAUAUGUGCUUGGCGAUCGGAUGCCACUAGACGAUACAGGCAUGGACGCGAUCAUCGAUGAAGACAUGCUGAUCACGCUGCAGGUUGACUUCGCAACGGUGCUCAAUAAAUGUGAAGCUGAGAUGGAGAGGCGCUUGGAUCUUGAGUUGCUGCUCUCUGAAUACAACAAGCUCUUGAUUGCCGCAGCCUUUGACUCCGGCAACAUGCUCGUGGCAGUGACUGUCAACACGUCCAUGGAGGGCUAUGGGAAGAGGUUUGCUGCUGACAAGGUCUCAAAAUGGGUGAACCAAAACCAGGAUGUCAGAGACACUCUGACGGAGGUUCUGGCUGGCCCCAGCAGCGCGAGCACACUGCAGACCUUCUUGAAGGGAGCCGAAAAAGCCUGGAAGGUCCGCAUAGCAAAGACACACCCUGCGGACGUCAACGAGCUGUACGCCAUCUGGAGGCCGACGAAGCAGCUGCUCGAGUAUGCAAGAAGAUCUAAGGAGGAGUCAGACCACCUGACCUUCCUCAUCGAGUUUGCCGGCCUCUUUGAGUACUGGGUGAACGGAUUCAUGCAGCCGUUGAUCAAGUUCCCAUUCAAGCACGAGCAGCCGCAGCAGAACCCUGAGCAACAGCAGCCAGAGAUGCCCCUCCAGCAGCAGCAGCAACAGCCGCAGCCGCAGAUGCCCCAGCAGCAGCAGCAGCAGCAGCAUGGGCAGCAGCAGGAUCAGCAGCAGCAGGGGCACAAGCAUCAGAAGUCCAAGCACCGGCAGAAGAAGGGCACCAGCCAAAAGGCAAAGUACCACCUGAUCUGA